GGUUUCAAGAUCUGUUCCUGCUGAAAGAACAUCCCCAUCAGUUAUGGAAAGUAACUCUGAUGUUGAUCUGGAUCCUAACAAAGACGACCUUCCCCUGCGGGCUAACACCAACCAUAUACUCGUCCGACACUAUGUGCUUGACCUCACUGUUCACUUUGAAAGGAAGGUCAUUGGUGGCAGUAUCGUUCUGUUUCUGGAGCCCGCUAUUGGUUCCUGCAAACAAGGUGAACCGGGAUCUGUAUCAAAGACAGAGGUGCAAAACGGAUCUCAGGUGUCAUCUAAACAUGACCUAAGUUCUCCCAUCACACCUGAGCCAAAUGAGUUGAUACCCUCUGAGGAACCAUCAUGUUUAAGUGGAGGAAAUGAUGUGAGUGAUGUCUUCUGGGGUGAUGAGAGGGAAGAAUUCACCUUGGUGCUGGAUUGUUGUGACCUGAUGGUGUCAAAAGUGGAAGAGGUGGAUGUAACUACAGUGUCUAAUUUAAAGGAACUUCUCGUAGACCAUCGGUAUGCAAAUGCGGAUCAUCCGUCAUCCAGUCUGGUACAGAGGCUGGUCUCUAUGCCUUCAGUCUGCUGGAGAUCGCAGCAUGAGCUCUACCUUCAGUGCAGCCGUUCCCCUACCGUCCUAAAUGCACAACCUCUACGGUUCCACAUGGACCAGUGGAGUCUUCAGGUCAGGAAGGAAGGGGUUUGCUCCUCUCAUGACUUCCCGUCUGCUGUCAGAAUCUGGUAUGAAACUAAGCCCACAGGUGGUUCUGUGAGGUGGACAAAAGACCAGGAUAGCAGAUGCUGUGUAUAUACCAUGGGCUCGCCCAUCAACAACAGAGCCCUCUUCCCGUGCCAGGAGCCACCUGUUGCCAUGUCAACGUGGCAAGCGUGUGUGAGAGCUCCGUGUGAUUACAUUGUUCUUAUGAGUGGGGAAAAUCAAGCCAUUCCUAAGCCUGCGGAGACAGGUUUUCUGCAGUGGGAUUAUUAUGUUACGAUGCCAAUGCCAGCCUCCACCUUUACCAUAGCAGUAGGGAAAUGGCUAGAGGCUGGAGUAAACGUUCCCAACUUUGAGGUGGAAAAGACAGACGAAACUUGUGUCAAAGUACUCAGAUAUAGAUUGAGCUGCAGCUUUCUGGCGCAGUUGGUGGGCAAGGAUUCUACCUAUCUUCUCUCCAUGUUCAUAAGUUCUGUGCCGGGUCUUAUUGAGGAGGUUUGA